CUACAGUCUACGUCUACAACAUGGCAGACGACGCCGUAAGGAGUGUUUUGCAUUCAAUUGGUUUACAUUCACUGCAUAAAAAUUUUAUGAGUCAAAAAAUAGAUUCUAUUGAGAUUUGUAAAUCGUUAGAAGAUAACCAGUUAACAAAUUUAGGUCUGGUGACCAUUGGUGAAAGAAUUAAGUUUAAAAAUGCAGUGCAGCAUUGGCAAUCCAUGCCCAUCAUGCCCAUGGCUGAGAGCGAUACGGCCGCAUCUGGAUCUAGGAUCUCGACAGACGCUACAUUAAGAGAAAGGAACUCUUUAUUUAUGCCAAGUAGGUGCAGGCAGCCUAGUACCAGUACUUCUGUAGGCAAAAGAAAACGUCCACGAACUUGGACUGCUAAUUUUAUGUGCCUUUCAAACAAUCAUCAAAAUAAGGUACCUAACAGUGCUGAAAAAGAAUGCUUAUACAAGGCAGGUUUGGGUUUGAAAAAAGUAACUUUUGAAGGAGAUGCAAAAGAACAAAGUGUUCACGACACUCUUAUUAAAGCGUUUACAAAACUUGAACAGUGUGGGGGCUUUGAGCUAUUACAUUGUAACAGUUCGUGCAGAGAAUUGAAAAAACUUAAUUGUAAAUGGGAUGUUAAAACAUUGAAAAGUGUUGUAGGACCUCAAGGUAAAUUUUAUAUUAGACCCAUUCAAAAGUGUUUGACGGUUGAGGUAGUAACAGAAGAUGAAGAAACAGAGUUAAUGACAAAGUGUGACAUAUGCAAACAGGACGUUUCUUUAGGUCAGAUACGUAACCAUGUUGAGUCCUGUAUAGCCACAAAUCUGGACCAUACAGGAACGUACCUGUAUACUUCACAGGGAAAUUCAGAUGAAGAACUUCCUGAAAGUGCUUCAGAGAUAAUUCAUCAACAGGGGUUUUCCAUGGAAUUCCAUGAUUUACCAGAGAUUGCCAGCAUAACUUCCAUGGUGACCCUGGACAAUGUACUCCCGGGCAGUGAGGACCAGCAUAAUGGAGAUUAUUUAAGUACAAUUGUUAAAAAGUGUACUACAUUUUGUAAAUCCAAUGAUGUGUCUGAUCCUAUUCAUGUGCUAAAGAUCUUUCAAAAAGAGAUUGUCACUGGGAGACCAUUAGAACUAACAGAAGAGACAUCAUCUACGGGCAUUUAUGGUGAAACCAAUUUCAUUUUGGUAGACAGAGGCGAUCUACUGAAAACAGCAAUUGAGGAAAUAAGGGCAAUAAGCGACAUGAGGAAAUGCCUUGAAGUUCAGUUCUAUGGAGAGUGUGCUGCUGAUUUUGGAGGUCCAAGAAAGGAAUUCUUCUCUCUUGUCCUGCAUUGCAUUAAGGAAGAAUACUUCGAGCCAGUGAGAGAGUGGUCAGAUGACUAUGAAGCUGUUGGCAGAAUAUUAAGGUUCUUGAACUCUGAUAUAUGA